ACUAUCCAAACUCAGUUAUUACCCCAUUUUCCCUCCCUUCUCUUUCAUCCCUGUCAGAGUUCUGACAGUGUCACCAUAUAGUAAUUAAUUUCUCUUCUCUUCAAGCAUCCUUCCUUCCUCAUUUUCUUGACCUUUUCGCCCUCUUCAGAUUCAUCAGAGCCUCUAGCUAUCUUCUUCUGUCAGUUCUUCUCCACCACUCUCAUUUUCUUCCCAUUGCAGCUUUUCAAAAGCUCCAUAUCUGUAUCAUAUAUUGAAGAAGAAAGAAGUAGUCUGUUUCUCCAACUUGAUCACCCCUCUUCAGUAAGGAUUCCCUUGCCGAGAUCCAGCGGUGGUGAUACGAAGUUAUGCUGAUCAUGAAGAGGAAACUUGCGUGCUGGUCUAGAGGCAGGGAAGCCUGUAGUAUGGACUUUGAUGAAGAGAGAAUUAUAACAUACAACGGCCUUGAGAGAUGCAUUCUGAACAGUCAAUCGUAUAACAAUGCAACCAGACAAGAUGGUUGUGCAACUGAUUCAGGUGAUGAAGACGCCUCCAGCUGCUGUUCCAAUCAUGUUGCUACAGGACCGUUCUCUUCUCACUGUACAAUGAUGAGGAUGGAUGAUUGUGGACCAGAUGAAUCGGAGUUCUCAGGAAGUCCUCAGCAUUUCUACCAGCGAGAAGAACCAGGUUACAUAACUAAUUCGACAGACCUGGAGACAAUGAAAGAAAAGUUUGCUAAGUUGCUGUUGGGAGAAGAUGUUACAGGAGGAAAUAAAGGGGUUUCCAGCGCAUUGGCCUUGUCCAAUUCCAUUACAAAUCUAGCAGUAUCUGUUUUUGGUGAGCUGUGGAAAUUAGAGCCACUGCCAGAAGAAAGGAAGCGCAAAUGGCGGAAAGAGAUGAAUUGGUUACUUUCUCCCACCAACUACAUGGUUGAGUUGGUCCCUGCUAAAAAAAGUGGCACUAACGGCCAAAUAAUGGAGAUAAUGACUGCAAAAGCUCGUUCAGAUAUCCACAUGAAUCUUCCAGCACUUGAGAAAUUGGACUCCAUGCUUAUUGAAAUACUGGAUUCCAUGGUUGAUACUGAGUUCUGGUAUGUGGAAGUGGGCAGCAGAGCAGAAGGAAGAAGCAGGAGUGCAGGUGAGAGCAAAAGGUGGUGGCUUCCUUCACCUCGUGUACCUGCAAUUGGUCUCUCCGAUGCUGAAAGGAAGAAACUGCUAAAUCAGGCUAAACGAGUCCAUCAAGUGUUGAAGGCUGCCAAAUCUACAAAUGAAAGUGUUUUGCUUGAAAUGCCUGUUCCAGAUAUCGUUAAGGAUGCACUCAACAAGACAAUGCAGUCUGGAAAAGCAAGUCUUGGAGAGGAACUGUACAAAGUCUUGGCUGCAGAAAUGAUUCCUGCAGGGGUCAUGAUCAAUUCCCUAAACUUGGAAUCUGAUCACAGUGCCCUUCAAGCUAUUAACAAGUUGGAAGCAGCCAUGUUUGCUUGGAAGGAGAUAAUCAAGGGACAAUCCAGUGAAGAAUCUCCAGCUAGAAGGUCCUGGUCUUUUGGAAAAGAUCCAGUAUCUGAAAUGGAUAAGGUGGAGUUUUUGCUGAAUAGGGCUGAACACCUCCGACAGCAGCUGAAGGCCAGAUACCCAAAUCUUCCUCAGACAUUCCUUGAUGCCAUUAAGGUCGAAUAUGGAACGGACGUGGGGCAUUCAAUUUUGGAAGCAUAUUCCAGGGUCCUAGGGAACCUGGCUUUCUCCGUACUUUCUAGGAUAGGAGAUAUUCUGGAAGAGGAUCACCUGAGCAAUCCAAGUUCACCUGUGGCAGCUAGUUACUUCCCUGGAAUAAGAAUUCCGGGAAUAUCAGAUAGCCCAUUGCAAUGCCGAAUUAGGCAUUCACUUCUCGACCAGAUGAAUCGAGUCGAUGGAAAUGCUCAUCGCUGCAGUGGAAGUGAAGCUUCUUAUUCUGAAAGCCCAUUCGGUGAUUCCAGUAUAAGUUCGAUGACUGUUACACCAAGUCGUAGCAGAGUCUGGUGCGUUGGUGGAGAUUCUUGUGGUACCCUGUCUGCUACGAGCUCGCCAUGAUGGAGAAUUGUGCAUAGUUAUGAUGGUUGUUUUUGUAGAUAAAUUGCCAUCUUCACAGGAAAGAAAGAGAUUUUGUUUUGCUGACCUCUUGUAGUGAGCCUACUCGCUCAUGGUCACACAGAAUGUCCCCGUCUAGUUAGUUACAUGUAGACUGGCAGCAUUUGAAACUGAAAGACAAAAUUUACAAAUUUUUAUGUAAUUAAUUCUUAUUUAUCUUUAGAUUAUAUCAGUGGCCAGGGAAAUACUGAUUAUCCA